AACUAGCAGAACAUCACGUGUACACAUUAAGUUACUCAUUAGUUGGAUUUUUUCGGACCAUGUUUUGCUUGAGAACCAAAGGGACAAUCAAAAUUAAUCAACCGUAUCCGGAUAUCCACAUACGCUGGUGUGAAUGUCUGAUGUGGACAAAAGUGGUUUAUAUUUUAAUACAAAAUUUACGACAGAAGGAUACUAGCAAAACGAUAGACAGAGGAGAAAGUUGAACUCGACCUCAGACUGGUAUGUUACUUAAUCAUAACCGCUGAGCUGAAUGUUACGUACAGACGCAUCAUGCGGCUACGUUAGUGUAUGCGUCGCGCUGAAAUGAUACAUACGCUCAGGAUACAUUAACAAUGACAGUGUUGUAAUAACUUCAACCGCGUUUUCUAAUGUAACAUUUAUCACAAUAACCGUGCAAAGUGAACUCCAGUAAAAUAUUAUUAUUUGGUAAACACUAACUUUAAACGAAUAUAAUGCGUUUUGUACGGCCAAGAUGGAUAAAUAAAGUUACAGUAGAGCCAAUGUUAUUUUUAUACUUUGUAACGUUGGCUGUAUCAGCUUUGGUAGGAACAAACUUGAUAUUGAGGAAAGGGUGUGAUGAAACGGCGACUGUUCAACCGGAUCUCAGCGAAAAAUGUCUUCAUGAAACCUACGCACAAGCGCUAGUCACCAAAAUUCAAACUUGGAAACUUACCAUUCAAUAUGCUGUACCACUAAUUUUUUUACUAUACGCCGGUCCAUGGAGUGAUAAUCACGGUCGGCGAAGGAGACCUUUAAUGUUUAUACCUAUAGCUGGUCAAUUAUUAACUGAUUUUUUUAAUAUCGUCAAUGUAUACUAUUGGUACUGGCCACCAGCUGUAGCUGCUAUUUUUGAGUGUUUAGUACCAGCGUUGACUGGAUCCAGAAUCUGUUGCGUAGUCGGCGUGGCUUCGUACAUUGCUGAUAAUACCAAAGUAGAAAACCGAACCAAACGAAUUGGAAUACUCAUGUCGUUGUACUUCAUUGCUACCCCUAUUGGUGCAUGUUUGGCCGGAUUUUUAAAUCUUAAAAUAGGGCUGUUACUAGUAAAAGACACAUCAGUAAAAUAUGAAAAACAGUCAUUAUGGAAAACACUAAAUCCUAAAGUUAUUACUGAUUCGAUGAAGGUGUUGUUAAAAAAGAGGCCUAGAAGAUCAUUGUUAAUUUACAUGACUAUUGUGUCGCCUCUAACCGUUGGACCCAUGCAAGGAGAAUAUUCGAUACUUUAUUUAUUUGUAAGAUACAAGUUUGGAUGGAACGAAAUUGAUUAUGGCCUUUAUGCCGCAUACAAGAUGACCGGUAUUCUUAUAGGAACUAGCAUAGCAAUAUGGUUAAUGAGUGUAAAACUAAAAAUGCACGAUGCUGCUAUUGGAUUUAUUGGAAGUGGAUUUGAUUUAAUUGCUGCAAUAUGCUAUAGUGUGGUGACUAAGCCUUGGCAUCUAUAUGCAGUACCAGUCAUUGACAUCUUUCACGGCGCCGCCUUUGCUGUUAGUGCUUCGAUGGCUUCUAAACUUGUUGAAAAUACAGAGUUGGCGCAACUAAAUUCAGUACGAGGCAUGUUAGAAACUUUAGCACCUAUUAUUGUGUAUCCAUUGUACAAUCAAGUGUAUAAAAUGACUUUUGAAACGCUAUCAGGUGCUUUCUUCUUAGUAACCGCUGUAUUAACCAUACCCGUUGUCAUAUUAUUCGGGUUAACAUAUAAGGCUGAUAAAGAUAACACGAUAUUCAAUACUGAUACUGAAAUUGAAAAACAAAAAAAAACAGAAACCAAAGAUAUGUGUAACAAUACUAUUGAGAAUAAAAAUAACACAUCUGUAAACCCCGUUUGAUAAAAAAUCUCUACUUUUUUUUAUCGUUUUAUUACUAUUUAUAUAUAUUCGAAAGAACGAAAAUGUUAUUCUAAACAUGAAUAACAUAAACUUAAAAAUAGAGUUGAAACGAAGGGUAUAAACUUCAGACAAUAUUUUGAUAUAGAGAAACUGAAGACUACUUUAUUUUUUGUACCUAUGAAUGUAGUGUUAUAAAUGUGUUAUAAUUUUAUACAAGUUAACUAAUAAUUUGUUAUAUUUGUAAUUAUAACAAUGCUGUAAAAAAUAUGUUAUACUAAUGAAUGCAUUUUGUUUUAUUCUCCUAAAAAUUCUUUAAAUCAAUUCUUAAUUAGUAGUAACCUUAUGCUAAUAAAUUAAACGCAAAUAACUUUAAGAUUAGAUUAAAUAUACGGAAUAUA